AUGGCAUUAGUUAACGACGUUAAUUUUAAAAUUAUAGAGGAAACAUUAUCAACAAAAUGGGACAGCGGGCAUAGAAGUUUAUUUAAAAUACACUUUAAACCAAAAGACUAUAUUUCAAUUCGUAAUAAAAAAGGGUUUUACAAGUUAGCAAUUGUUAUAAAAGUAUUUGAUAACAGAAUUUAUGUCAAAGAUGAAGAAAAUAAUAAUCGACUUUGGGUGUUUCCUUAUGAUAAAAUAAAAAAAGGUUAUAGUCAUUAUUUAGAGGAUGAAUUUAACUAUAAAGAAAAUCAAAGAUGGGCUCACCAAUACAAGAUCAAUAUUGGAGCAACAUCUUUAAAUCCAACAAAAAAAAAAACAACUAAUAAACCCCCUAAACCAGAAGAAACCCAAACUCCAAUUGCAUAUAGCUAUGAUUAUAAUUAUUAUAGCAGAAAACCUGGUAAAGUUACAUCGCUCUCUGAAGGAGGAAGUCGUAGUUGGAAACCAAAAACCAUCGAACCAACAGUUAUCACUGAACCAUAUGAUAUUCGUAUUAUCACUGAAGAAGAGUACCAAUUACUUUCAAAACAAAGAGCCUAUCACAAAUACUUGGAUCAAAUCAUUAAAAAAGAAAAAAUUGAAAAAGAAUUAGAAAAUAUGAAACUAAAUAAACCAGGUGCAUUUGUAAUUAGUGAAAAAAGAAUUAAUAGAUACAACAACAAAUAUAUCAAACCUGAAGAUUUAAAACUAUUGGAUGAAAUUAAUAAAAAAUAUAAUUUUAAUGUCAAUUCUUUUAAUGAAUACAAAAAUAAAAUUAAACCAGAGCAACAACAACAACAACAAGAACAACAACAACAGCAACAGCAACAAGAACAAGAAGCUCAAUAUCAAGAUUAUCAAUAUCAAGACUAUCAAAACCACCAAGACUAUCAAUAUUCACAAAAUCAAUCUGAAACUGAAGUUGUGCAACAACCAAAACCACAACUGCAACAACCACAACAACAGCAAUCAUCACCACAACAACAAAAACAACAACAAAAACAAACCAACCCAUUUUCUUAUUAUAUAAAACCAGUAAAAUAUUUAGAUGAAGAUGUUGAUUCAUAUCAUUCAUCAGAAUAUGAUGAUGAUGAAUAUGAUGAAGAUGAAUACAGUCAAUAUAAUGAUGAUGAUGAACAUAGUCAAUAUAGUGAGUAUGAUGAUAACAACGAAUAUGAAAAUAAUAAAGAAUUCGAUGACGAUAAUAGCAAUAAUAAUCAAGAAAAUAGUUAUAGUGACGACAAAAUUAGUGUUACAUCGUCAUCAACUUACGAUUACCAAUAUCAGUUUACAACAACUAAUAAUAAUCAAGUCUAUGACAAUUUGCACUUAUCAAGCUAUAAUCCAGAUACAGAUCAAUAUUAUUCAGGCUAUUCACUAGGUUUAAAUAAUAACAAAGUUGAAGAUCAAUUAAAAAAUGAAUCUAGUAAAAAAGAUGAAAUAUUCAAAAAGAUUGAAAAAGAUUAUAAAACAAGUUCAAACCAAGAUUACCAAGAUGAAUAUGAAAAACUAUUAAAUACUUUUAAUUCAAAUUUUAUUCUCCACAGCGAGUUUGACAAAAGAAGAAUCGAAUUAGUAAGAGAUUAUUUUAAUAUUGAUUUAACCAAAUAUAAAAUAAAUUAA